AUCCACUCCUCAUCAGCUAUAACAUCGGAGAUGGAUGUAUUGGUUCAACUCUUUCCGGACCGUCCUUUCGCUGCUCUGGCAGCAGCGCUGGAAAGGGCGGGCGACGAUGUUGAGGCCGCUGCGGAUCUGCUCUUGAUUGGGGAUGGAGACGAUUUUGGAGCGGGUGAUGGUGAAGGUGAAGGUGCUGCUGAGCAGGAUGAGGGGUUGUAUGCGCCAUCCCUGUUCGGAGAUGACUUCUUGGAGGAUGGUGAUGAGGAGGAUGCUCCGUUGCCUGGGUUCAUGGAUGAGGGAGAGCCGAUUGAUUAUCCUCAUCCGCUACAUCCGAGGGCAGGAGUGGAUGAUCUAUUUGGUGACAAUGACAGUGAUAGCUUUCCUACCAACGCGGGCGUUGGCCGGGAACAGCAGCAACAAGAGCAGGCACAACCAGAAACAUUCAGACCGCGAUCCCAAGACGAGACGGUUGUCGCAGUACUGGAGCUCUUUCCAGAUGUUUGUGAGAAGCAUAUAUCUGCUCUAUGGACAGAGCAUGCGACUCGGGAACCUGAUAUCGUCACGUAUAUUGUUUCCCAGUUUAUUGAGAAUCCUGGCUAUCCAAAGUCCACGCCGAAGGACAACAAGAGGAAACGUCGAAUUUCUGAUGAAGGCAUGCGUGCACCCAGAAUCGACUACGAAUCCAAGGACCGCAAGCCUCCGCCCCCGGAAGACGUUUACCUUCACAAUUGUCGAAAAGUACUAAGCAUCGACUUUCCGGUUAUCCCGGAUGCAUACAUUCGUCAUGUCAUGAAGCAGAACAACGAUCUUUACUUACCUACUUAUUUGGCCCUCAAGAAGGUCGACACGAGCGCUGAAAAUGGCAACCUUCUGCCCUACAAGCCGAUGAAUAUUGCUCGUCGCCGCAAUGCAGCGUUUGGGAUGAUCUUGGCAUCGGAUGCAUGUGCGCCCAUCAGAGAGGAGAUUGAAUACUGGCAAGCAAAGCAAACAGAGAGAAUGAGCAAGGAGGUUUGCGAAAAGGAAAGAGAACGUGCGGAGAGGGAGAAUGAGGAGUUCCACGAGUUAAUUGGGGGAAUGGUUGAGUGUGGUUGUUGUUUUGCAGAGGUGCCUAUCAACCGUGUAUCGCAGUGUGAGGAUGGACAUCUCUUCUGUCUGGAAUGUUGUCGACGGAACGCCGAGACGGAGAUUGGUAUGCGACGCUACCAGCUCAAGUGCAUGGACGGGUCUGGUUGCAAGUCACUGUUCGUGAUGUCUGAGGUUCGUCAUUUUCUUCCUGAAAAGAACUUGGAGGCUCUCCUCCGGAUUCAGCAGGAGGAAGAGUUGAGAAUGGCGGAUCUUGAAGGUCUGGUCCGCUGUCCGUUUUGCGAUUAUGCGGAAGUUAUCGAGAAUCCAGAUGAUAAGGAGUUUCGUUGCAAAAAUGAGGGUUGCUUGGAGGUGUCAUGCCGGCUGUGCCAGCUGAAAUCGCAUAUACCAAAAAGUUGUGAAGAAGUCGCUCAAGAUCAGAAGAUUGACGUUCGACAUGCCGUCGAGGAGGCCAUGUCACAGGCGUUAAUUCGGAACUGCAACAGCUGCAAGACGCCCUUCUUCAAGGAAGAAGGCUGCAAUAAGAUGACUUGCACGAAGUGUCGCCACCAGCAGUGCUACAUCUGCGGUGUGAGCGUGAAGAACUAUGACCAUUUUCAUGAUGUCAGAGACGCAUCAGGCAGAAUUGUGAAGAAGACACCUUGUCCCUUGUAUGACGAUACGCAUGCACGAAACGAUCAAGAAGUAAAGGCUGCGUCUGAAGCUGCGAUUGCAAAGCAACGCGUGCAGAGGCCAGACAUGACUGAAGAGGAAUUAAGAAUCUCAGUGUCGAAACAGGUCGAGGCCGAUGAAGCUAGGCGGAAACAAGCGACGGCGGACUACCAUGCGCGGCAUAACAUUCGUCAUGAGCAGCAUGUUCCGCAUCCUCCUCGGCCCGCUCCCGUUGUUGCACUGGCUCCUCCUCCUCCCCUUCCUGUUCGCCCCCCUGCACCACCUCCGCCAGGCGUGGUCAGAGCCCCCCAACGACAGCACGUUCCUGUCCUGCGACAAGCACCGCCCCGACGAGAUGUUCCGCGAAGACCCGUACAAGCUGCGCCUCAAGUUCCUCCGUUGGGGUAUUACGGGCAUGAUGGACAUUUUCGUCCGGCUCGAGGCUUUUUGCCACCUCCUCUUGCGAACAACAAUCUGCGGCCCAGGCGGAAUUAUGCCGUGGAGAGAGAUGCGCGACUUGAGCAAAUGCUGAGGAACCCUCCACCCAGGAUUGCCGUAGACCCUCCUGUUGGUGCUGUACGAGGUCAGCAACACGAUGUAGUUCGGUUGCCGGAAGGUGGAGGAAGAGUGCGGGCUGCUGAAAUUCCCAGAAGGGCUAAUGACCCAGGCCAAGGUCGACGAGAAAUACGAGAAAGGAGGCGACCAGCACAACCGAGAGGGCAGAAUCAGCAGCAACCUCCGCAAGCUGCUCAGCAGCAAGGCCAGGAUCGUCCAGGAAGACCGCCGCCGCCGGAGGUCAUGAUCAUUGACUACUGAAAUGUUUGGGGGCUGUAGAUGUGUGCGACACACCGGGGAGGACGUUAGGCGUUAUAUCAUCAUUGGGUUUGAACUUGUUUCACUGCGCAAAAUACAAGUUUUGUCCUGCACUUGUUCUACGAAUGCUUGCGGUGAAGACAGGAAAUCAACUCGUAAUAUGGAAAAU